CGGACAAGAGCAAAUAUAAAUACCAUCGUGGCCGCUCUGCCACCUAGCCUGGCUUGUUUGAUCUCUUUCCGUCUCACACACACCUCUACAUCCCACCAACAGACAAAAUGGUUCCUGCUAUCAAGCUCAACUCCGGCUUCGACAUGCCCCAGGUCGGCUUCGGCCUCUGGAAGGUCGACGGCUCCAUCGCCUCCGAUGUCGUCUACAACGCCAUCAAGGCCGGCUACCGCCUCUUCGAUGGUGCCUGCGACUACGGCAACGAGGUUGAGUGCGGCCAGGGUGUUGCCCGCGCCAUCAAGGAGGGCAUCGUCAAGCGCGAGGAGCUCUUCAUCGUCUCCAAGCUCUGGAACACCUUCCACGACGGCGACCGCGUCGAGCCCAUUGUCCGCAAGCAGCUUGCCGACUGGGGUCUCGAGUACUUUGAUCUCUACCUGAUCCACUUCCCCGUCGCCCUCGAGUACGUCGACCCCUCGGUCCGCUACCCUCCCGGCUGGCACUUUGACGGCAAGAGCGAGAUCCGCCCUUCCAAGGCCACCAUCCAGGAGACCUGGACGGCCAUGGAGUCGCUCGUCGAGAAGGGUCUCUCCAAGAGCAUCGGCGUCUCCAACUUCCAGGCCCAGCUCCUGUACGACCUCCUCCGCUACGCCAAGAUCCGCCCUGCCACCCUCCAGAUCGAGCACCACCCCUACCUCGUCCAGCAGAACCUCCUCAACCUCGCCAAGGCCGAGGGCAUCGCCGUGACCGCCUACUCCUCCUUCGGCCCUGCCUCCUUCCGCGAGUUCAACAUGGAGCACGCCCAGAAGCUCCAGCCCCUCCUCGAGGACCCCACCAUCAAGGCCAUCGGCGACAAGUACAACAAGGACCCCGCCCAGGUCCUCCUCCGCUGGGCCACCCAGCGCGGCCUGGCCAUCAUCCCCAAGUCCAGCCGCGAGGCCACCAUGAAGUCCAACCUCAACUCGCUCGAUUUCGAUCUCUCCGAGGAGGACAUCAAGACCAUCUCUGGUUUCGACCGCGGCAUCCGCUUCAACCAGCCCACCAACUACUUCUCCGCCGAGAACCUCUGGAUCUUUGGUUAAAUUAACCUCUCCCGCAACUGAGGGGGGAAAGCUCGCUUCUCCCCCUCAAAAAUUCUCUUACCCCGGUUGAGUGUGUAUUAUACCCAUAUCGCACUGGUGUAGGCGGAAGGAAGGGAUUGGUUGCCUAAAUCGCUUCCACUCACCAACCCCCCGCGUGCCAUGCAUCGCACACACUCUCAUCCAACAACCCACAUACCCGACCAUCAGAGACACCGAGAAGGAGAGACGGCUGGUCACCGUGGUUAGCGAC